AUGGACGCUUCGAUUGUGGCAGCGUGUAAGUUGGUCUCUCCGAAGGUGAAUGCCACUAUCGACGAGAACGAGUACGGCACCGGCAGGGCACAGAAGAAGGUGGUAGCAAAUGGUCUUGUCAAGAUGCUGAAAGAGCACAAGUUGAUGUACGAGGCAGCGAAGACUCCGGAGCAAGCGGGUCCUCACCCGCAGAACCGCGCAGCACAGGGCGUGGACGUCAUCGACGCGCACGACCUCAUGUUGCGCAUCAUCAAGCAGGGCUGGUCGUACAUCGAGCGCAGACGCGCAUGGGCGAUCGAG